UGAGACCACGUGCCGGAUGAGAUAGUAGAUCGGCGGGACAACGGCGAGCGCUUGCCGGAUGAGUCGGCCAAUCGGCGGGACAACGGCGAGCAAGUGACGGAUGAGACGGCGAAUCGGUGGGAUGGCAGCGAGCGCUUGCCGGAUGAGUCGGCCAAUCGGCGGGACAACGGCGAGCGAGUGACGGAUGAGACGGUGGAUCGGCGGGUCAACGGCGAGCGCUUGCCGGAUGAGUCGGCCAAUCGGCGGGACAACAGCGAGCGAGUGCCGGAUGGGACAGCGAAGCGGUGGGAUGGCAGCGAGCGCUUGCCGGAUGAGUCGGCCGAUCGGUGGGACAACGGCGAGUGCUUGCCGGAUGAGUCGACCAAUCGGUGGGACAACGGCGAGCGAGUGCCGGAUGGGACAGCGGAUCGAUGGGACGGUGGUGAGUGCACGCCAGACGAAACGGCAGAUCAGCGGGAUGGCAGUGAGCACACUCCAGAUGGGAUGGCGGAUCGGUGGGACGGCGGUGAGGAACUGGAACAGAGUGAAGCGGCAGAUGCCUUAAAUGAGCGCCGGAGCAGUGGUGCUGCCCGUGUGAGUGACGGCGACGCUCCAGCAGAAGAUGGAGUCAGUGACAGAAACUCAAGCGGGGAAGCAGUGGCAGCGGCAGUGCAGGAUGUCUCGCCUGACUCGCCCGACUCACCCUCACUCGACCCGCCCUCGCUCGACUCACCCUCGCCCACCAGCUCGGCGGACCACGAGCUGAAUCACGCACGGGGAGAGGCAGGCAAUGCGAGCGAGGUGAACUUCAUCACCACGCACGAGAUCAACAUCGGCGACCCAGAGCGGCGCCUCGGAAGCCAGGACAUGUGGAGCUUCGCGAGCGGCGAGCGCUGCAUGAUGAGCCACGACGCAAGCCGAACCACAGAGACGACGGUGGGCAGCGCCGGCAUUGGUGCGUCGCCGGUGCCGGCACGGGACUCGGUGGCCGGGUCAGCGGCGGGCGAGUCCGUGCACGAGAGCUCGGUAACGUGGGUGCCCACCUCACCGCUGUCGGCCGAAGAGCCACGGGAUUAUUACAUCACCGUGGAAUGCCGUGGCCUGGCGAAGGAGGAGACGCGCAGCGGAGGGGCAGAGAAGAUUGAGAAUUGUGUAGGGGGCGGGAGAGGCAGCGCGGGGGAACUUGAGGAGGCGGCAGGCGGCCCCAUACAGGUGGUCAGCCCCAGCUACGGCGGCGACGGGGCCGAGAAGGGAUGUCGCUCGGCGCUUUUGACGAUGGACGGAUUUGAGUGGAGGGCAGAGGAACAGAAGCUGAGCGUGAGCGCCGAUUCAUCCAGCGAGGCCAGCACCGCCGCCAGCUCAGCAACUGUGGGCGGCCUAGAUGAAGACACAUGGAUGGUUGGCGACGCCGGUUGCGGGAAGCUGUUGGUGUCAGAGUUUGCGUCGAUCACACCGCCAGGCAUCACCAUCGAAGAACUUGACGAUGACGACGAUGGUGCCGACGAGUUAGGAGGUUUCGGCAAAAUUCCCACUGACGUCAUCUGCUGUGACCCCCCUCGUGGCAGCGGAGAGAUGUUCGCCACCGCCGCUGAUGAUCGAAGGGAAAAUGCUCGCGGGGGCCGCGACGAUGACGAGGGUCGGGGGCCGAAUCCCCCACGUGUUGGAGACGUAACGCACAGUGGCGCGAACGGCUACGCAAGCGACGCCUCCAGCGGCGGGGUGGAUGACGUGGACAACGAGGUGCGCAGCCUAACCGCGAAGGCCUUCCGGAGCCUGUCGUGCCCCUAUGAGCCAUACCCGGAGAAGGCCGUGCCGGCACCCAGCUCUCCCAUCGAUGCCAAUCCGGGCGCCAUCUGGUUUCCCGAUGACGACAUUUCGCUCAACCGCUGGCCGACAUACGUCGACUUGGGGCUGCGCGACGAGGUAACGGUCAACGUCGCAUCGGACGCCGGUGCUCACGUGGCUAAUGGGAGAAUCAUCACGACGGUGACGCGGGCUGAUGGGACGUUUGCGCGGUGCAGCGGCAGGUCCGCGUCGAGCGGGAGAGAGAACGUCAGGGGCGGCGGUGGUGGUUCGGAGCAGACGCAGGUGACGGGCACCGUGAUGAAACGCUCCGUGGUGUUGAGACAGAAACAGGAGUUGCAUCAGCGGCAUCAGCAACAGCAGGCGGCUGUGGUGACGUUGGAAAGGGAGUUUGAGAAUUCACAGGAGGACACGGUGAAGAUGCACAUCGAGGACAACGUGACGUUCUCGUGCAGCAUGCACUCGCACACGCAGGAGAAGAGAAGUGCCUGCUAUAGCAGGCAGCAGCAGGAGCAGGUGCAGCUGCAAGUGCACCAUCAGCAUUUCUCACAGAGCCGACAAACGUGGAGCAGCAAUGAUGCGAGCGAAGUCAUCGCCGCGCACGCCCCGGACGACAGCGACGCGGACGCGGCGGCACGCGUGACCAACGGCAAGCCAGCCGGUCACGCCAAGCAGGCAUCCAGCAUCCUGAAGAACGUCAUCUCAAAGAAGAUGCAGCUGGAGCAGGAGCUGAGGAUGGAGAGGGGGGAGUUGAGGGACACGAGCAUGAUGGUGGAAUGCGCGGAGUUGCGAUUCACCGGCAGAGUUGCGGGAAUCGACGCCACGGCUGCAAAUGGUGAUGGAGGCGACCCAGGCGAGGGACGAGAUUGCGGUGGGUUUGCCAACUCCGCAGGAGCGGAUGUUUGUUCCGGUCCUGUGCCGCCUGAUGAGAUGCAAGUGAAGCCGGCGAGCCGUCGCCAUCCUCAUCAUCGUCAUCGUCAUCAUCGUCACACAGCGGAGGUCGAGGAUGGAAAAGACGACAGUGCUAAGAUGGACAGGGUUGAGAAAAAGGGGAAUGGACAGGGCAAUGAAGAGGGUAAUGAACAGGGAAAUGGACAGGGAAAUGGACAGGAAAAUAAACAGGGGAAUGGACAGGGAAAUGGACAGGGAAAUGAACAGGGGAAUGGGCAGCGGAAUGGGCAGGGAAAUAAGAGGAUGCUGGGAGGCGAAUUGACCAUGGAUACAAAUGUUCGGGGUAAAACUAAAGCUUCAGAAGGACAGACGCGCAGCACGGGGAAAUCUAAGAGAGGCGCCUCUGGAAAAGCGACGGUGUCGAGAAACAUCUUCCUGCACAGCGAGCACAGCGCAUUUCGCUCGUGGAGACAACGACGCGGGGAGCAGCGGCACGGCAGGGAGCAGACCGUAUCGCUAGCGCAAGUUGUGGUGCAAGAUGCGCGGCAGCAAACGAUCCAAAUCGACAUUCCGCACCACGGCACCGGGAGAAGGAAUGAAAUCGCCCUCCCGCCGGAAGAUCUGCCCGGAAGGAAUGAAUACUGCUCCUUCGCCGGCCCCGAAGAGGAGGAGGCAGCGCCUGCGGCUCCACGCGUUCGGCACGGCGGCGGCGGCUCUUGCUCCGCCGCAUCGCCCGAGCACGACGUUGGCACGGGCGGUGGCGACAACGGCGGGAAACUCGCGGACGGCGGGAAACUCGCGGACGGCGGGGGCGCACACACCACGCUGCGGGCCGAGGUGCGCGUCGACCGCGCCGACGGCGAUUGCGCCAAGCGGCCGAGCAGCGCAUCUCAGGAUGACAAUCGAGACUCCGGCGACCGCCGACCUCCUCCUGCAUACGCCACCUACAAGAGCAACAACACGCUUUACAUCGGCGACACGACCAAGGCUGUGGUGAUGUCCUGCUCCCCCGAGAUCAAGAUCAGCCUGCGGAAGACGGGCAGCGACGCCAAGACAAGCCCGUUCAGCAUUGCCAAGCUCCUGACGCCCAACAUCGCCGCGGAGCCAGUCGCCCAAAAUGGCCCCGGAGCGGAGGGGGCUCGGGCGGGCGAGACAAGGCCCGCGGCGAGCUACACGCUCCCGGCCAUUUUCAAAAUCGAGCCGGUGGAGAUGGCAGUGCCGGUGAGAGUGGAAGAGAAACCAAAGUUCCAAGCGCCGCUCCACCAGGUGCGUGACGUCCGCAAGCUCGUCAAGAGCACGUACCCAACCGCCCGCGUCGAGCCGAGCGAAGUUGCGGGCUCCCACCGUGGGCCGGCGACGCAGACGGUGAUGCACAUGGGAGGGGCGGCCGCGGUGGCGGUCUCGGGACUGGCAGAACGAGAGCGGACGAGCCAGCUACAGCCCGUGAACUUGUGGCCCAACGCGGGCCGCGGAAUCGGGGCCAUACCGCCGCUCAUCAUCAACUGCAAGUCGAUCACGAGGAAGGAAGGUGGUGAGGGCCAAGACGCUAACGGUAAUGAUGGAGGGAGCAAUUGCAGCAGCAGCAGUGGCAGCGUCAGGGCGGUGGUGAUACCGGCGGCGGCGGUGGUGGCGGCGGUGAGGGAGGUGGAGAAGGAGUGUAAACGGGAGAGCGAGCCGCCACCCUACCGUCUCGUAGCCAAGUCCUCAGACACAUCACCGUCUGUUCAGCUUGACCACCCGGCGUGGCCGCCGUGCUCCCUGUCAUGGACACCGAAGCCAGAAGAGGUCAAGAAGCUGGCAACGGUCGCCAAGACCGACGUGCUCGCCGACGGUGACGGGCCCCAAGGGAGCCGCUCGCCAGAAGGUGCGCGGCACGCUCCCAAAAGCCGGCAGGCAGUGGAGAUGCCAUCGGCAGCGGCGUGGUCCACAAGCAACACGUGCUUGGCGCAUGAGCAGAAUGAGGGGAAGAGAUGGCAGCAGGGUGCCCAGGGCCCCACGCAGGGCAGCCACGUUCAACGCUCAUCGCCUCCCUCGAGGAGGACGCCAAGGGGAAACUCAGAUCUGCUCCAGCGGUGGAAGACAGCGCGGCGGAGUGCGACGGGAGACCGAGUUCUGCACUGGAACGGUCGAGUCGCCAGCAGCGGCCUGAGCAACGGGAGCAGCUGCAGGCACGGCCGCAACCGGCACAAGAGCUGCCAAAACCACAGCAGCCAAGUGAAAUGUUCGACGCCACAAGCCGAGAUGCGCCAGAGGAGGCAGAUUCUCGUAAAGACGGGAAUAAGCAAGACGAAAAACCGCCCGACGUGUUUCCACCGAACGACGGCAGAGCAGAGCUCCCGCAUGCCAACGGAGAGAAAGCGGUGGAGAAUCUCAAGGCGCAGUUUGCUGCCGAGGCCGGUAGUGACCCAGACGAGGGCCCUAUUUGCGAGCUCUCCCUCACCUGCGUGCAGGGUCCGGUCCUCCUGGCAGAGCCAGAAGAUCACCAACAAGGUCCCGCAGCCGUUCUCCACCAUGCGUACGACGUCGGCCUCCGCGGUGCUCUCGGGCCUAGGCACGCAUGCGGGAGACCAGGGCCAAAAGAUGGUGAUCCGAUCGGUGAGACCGCCGUGCGCCGUACGCAUGGACGAAGCCAAAAUGGGGAACCUGGCGCAGGAAAAUUCUCUCCAACAGCAGAAGCAGCAGCAGCAGCAGCCAGAGACACCAGGCCAAGUGGUGGCAGAUAGCGAAUACUACCUGACACUGCCAACUGCGUUGGAGAACGGCGGAGCAGCCAACUCCCAGACGUGCCUGGACAAGGAAGCGCCGCUGGUGACCACGCCGCCCAAAGUACCGCCAAAGACGUACAAGGAUUUCAGUCAGGCAGGUGCCUUGGCCGGCAGCGGCGCCAGGCCGCACCCACCCCACCAUCACCUCCAACACCGGCGCCAGCCACCGAGAUCCUCCUCGAGCGACGAGAGAGUGAAGCGUGGCUCGAUUGAUAGCAGCGGGGCCAGCGGGAGCGGCAAAAGUACCCCAAGCACGAGCCCCGUCUUCGAUUUAGGAAAAACUCAGAAGCCGGCGGUCAUGCAACCGCUGAUGUGCCCUCCAUCGCCAAUGAUCCUGCAGCCCGUGCAGUGCCCUGGUUUCUCUGGUGCCGUGCCGGCGCCAAUGCUGGUGCAAAACCACGGUGUGUCAUCGUGCGAGGGCUCAGAGAUGCCGGCGCAAAUAUCCUACGUGCAGCUGCCCGCCGUGCAGGCGCAACACAAGAUGCUGAUCGACCCAGAGACGGGGCAGUGCUACUGGGUGGAGACGCCGCCGCAGCCUCAGCGCAAGAGGCUUUACGACCCCGAUACGCAUCAGUACGUGGAGGUGGCGAUCCCCCCGCACGGCCUGGCGAUGCCCCCCAGCGCGGGUGGGGGUGCGAUGUACCCUGCGCCACCACAGCUCAUGCUGGCGGCAUCGCCACACGUGCCGUACGGGUCGGCGUUUGUAAUGUACCAGGGCGUCAUGCCCACGCAGAUGGCGGCAGCGGCGUCGCCCGGCUGUGAGUAUUCCCAGCAGCAGAUGCAGAUGAUGCACCUGCAUAUGAUGCACAAAAGCCAGCAGCAGCAGCACUAUCUCAACCAGAGUGUGCACGGCAUCUCUUCAGAACCGCAGAGCCCUUUGGACAAACCGCUCUUCAAGGCCGCUCCAGACGAAGUCAGUGCUGCCAACGACCGGCCGUACUUCCUCCCGUCGGGCAUGGUGCUGGCCCAGCCCAGGCCGUGUACACGCUCCCAGCGACCUCGGCCGGCAGGUCAGCCAGGCGCGAGCGUAGACGCCAACCUGCCCAAGGGCAGCGGCGUCGCCUCCGAGUCGCCGCCGACGACGCAGGGCCCGCGCGUUGUGGCGCCGCCCCUAUUCGACGGCACGAUGAUGAGCUUCGUGGUGGAGCACAGGUGA